AUGAAGUUAAAAGAAGGAGUAUUCUUCCAUUAUUUAGAUUUUGACAGGUCUUAUUGCCUUCUGUCACUGAGAAAUACUAAAAUAAUACAUGAUUAUUUCUGUCUUUUGGAUGUUCAUAACACAAACACUUUGAACGACAUUCAGUUCUAUCACUUCAUGAGGUAUGUGACAGACUUAGGGAAGAAAGACAUAAUGCUGACCUUUGACAUGCUGGAUUCUGAUGCCAAUGGAGAAAUUGACUUUGAGGAGUUUUAUAUGCUUGUCUGCAUUCUGCUCAGUAGUGAACACCAUGUGGAAGAGAACUUCAUUUGUUGCUAUUCCGACCCUGUCUUUAAUCUGCUGGACAUGGAUGGGAGCACAUCCAUCAACUCAGCAGAGUUUCAUUCUGCUGGAUUCCUUUUUAACCUGGAGUGGUCUGCACUUGAAAAGAUCUUUCACGAAUUUGACGUCACUGGGGACGAGCGCCUGAAUUACCACGAAUUUCACAUGUUCACCAUGAUGUGCAUUGAUAUACAAAAGGAAUCCAAGAAAAAGAGGUGGAAGUGGCCAUUAAAGAAAGCUCAAAACAUCAAGCAAAUUGAACCAGACAAUACAAGUCUAAAAGAUGUCUAA